AUGGAAAGUAUUGAACAUUGUCGAACUGAUAAUUUUCAUAGUGUCAAUGAUGGAAAAAGACAAUCAACACAGAUAAACAAUCAUAUUUCACAAUUUGAAGAUCUUUCUAAUGAAGUUAUUUAUGAAGUAUUUGAAUAUCUCGAUUAUUAUCAUGUUUAUCAAGGUUUUUUUAAUCUAAACUAUCGAUUUCAUUCUCUUCAAAUGGAAUCAAUUCUUCCAAUCAAAAUCAAUCUCUUUCCCAUGUCUCAAUCGACAUUCAAUCGUUACAAUCAUGAUAUAAUCAUACCGAAUACACAUCGAAUUGAUACUCUCCGGAUUUCGAGUUAUUUCAUGUUUGACAAUCGAAUAAUUGCAUUAUCCGAGAAAACAUUUCUUCGAACAUUAAUCAUCGAAAAUAUCGAAUCAAAAUACUUGAAAAAUCUUCUUCAUCAAUUAACUUCAUUAUUAAACUUAACAUCAUUGACUAUCAGUACAAUAAAGCCGGUUAAUAAUGAUAAAGCUUCGAUAUACCAACAGAUAUUUCAAUUACCUUCAUUGAAAUUCUGUAAAAUAUCAACUGGAGUUAAUAAGGAUCUCAAUGAUAUAUUACCAUGUACCAUGAAUAAUUUUAGUCCAAUUGAACAUUUAGUUUUUGACGAGAGGAUAGAAUGGUACCAGCUGAGUAACUUUCUAUCAUAUAUUCCUUAUCUUCGUUAUUUAAAAGUAUCUUUAAAAAACGAUCGUUCGUUCGAACUGGCAAAUCUGUCUCCCUGCCUUAUGAAGAACUUGACACAUGUUUCUCUUCGAUUAUAUGAUAAUAUGACAUUUAUUGAAUUAGAAGAACUUUUUGUAAAUUAUUUUCCAUUUGUUCAAGUUUUAUAUCUUUCACCCGGUAUACAAUUUCUGAAUGCUAACGAAUGGGAACGAAUUAUUUCAUUAUAUUUACCAAAUUUACGCAUAUUUAAUGUCUAUUUCUUCAUCACUGUUGGUUAUGAUACGAAUCUGGAUUUAAUUGAUGAGCAAAUCAAACAAUUUCAAUCUUCAUUUUGGAUUGAUCGACAAUUCUUUUUGGAUUAUCGAUUUUUAAGUGCUAUAGAAUACUAUCAUUAUAGAAUUCUUUAUUCAACAAACCCAUAUAGAAGUAAAUAUUUUGUCAUAUGUAAACAGUUUAGUAAUGUGAUUUGUGAAAAUGGAUAUAAAUUUUUCAAAUCAUAUACGUGUUACAUAAAGAAAACGACUGGUAAUAAACAAUCACAAAUGGCGUCAAACAUAAUGACUCCAGAGUCUAAUGUGGUGCACGUGGUAUUAGACGAGAAGUUUCAAGAUAUUUACAAAACUAAUGAAGAUGCAAUUCGUGUGAUUGACGAUGGCCGAACAUGCGAGACAGUGAAACGCGGUUUAUGUGGAUGUGCGACAGGGAAACACUCGUAUACUUCUGGACUUCACUCUGUUCGGAUAAAAGUAAAUUAUGGUGAUGUGUUCCUGGGUAUACGGUCGCGUAAUGUAAUUCCUGUGCCCGACGAAUUUGCCUGGAGUGCCUACCAUGGGACUCCUUCGACAUAUGGUUGGUCAACAUAUGUCGGACGCAGAUGCAAUGGAAUACCUACUUUUAGUGGAAUUGAACCAAAUGGAAACGGCUCCAAUAUAUAUGUGUUGACAUUGAAUUGCGAUGAGCGUCGGUUGAGUAUAGUACACGAAAAUGGGACAGAACAGGAUGAAAUAGAAGUACAUCCACUUAAUGCUCCAUUUCCUUGGUGUCUCUUCGUUCAAGUGUCCAAGAGCGGUAGUAGCUUAACACUUUUAUGA